AUGUCUGAUGGUAUUGAUUGGUUACACAGCCACAGAGGCGUUUGCAAGGUAGAUCUCUACACUCCCCGAGGAAAACAGGAUCAGGAUCGAAAAGUGAUAUGCUUUGUCGAUGUGUCCACCCUGAACGUGGAAAAUAAAAAUUCUAAGGAUGCUGGUUGUUCUAGUUCAGACAGUGACUUAAACCUAGAGAAUCUGGAGGAAAAAGAAAUUAUCGUGAUCAAGGACACCGAAAAACAAGACCAGUCUAAGAUGGAGGGAUCUGUAUGUCUUUUCAAACAAACUCCCUCUGACCCCAUAAGUGUACUCAGUUGGCUUCUCAACGACCUUCAAAAGUAUGCCUUGGGUUUCCAGCAUGCAUUAAGCCCCUCAGCCUCUAGCUGUAAACAUAAAAUAGGAGAAACUAGUGAGUUUCAAAAAUUUGGGAACUGCUAUAGUGUCUAUGCUGAUCAACUGAAUAUGGACUAUGCGACCGACGGAUCUCACAACCUACACCUAGAAGUGACAGCAGCUAAAAACACCAACAAUAAUCAGAGCCCAUCCACUCCUCCAGCCAAAUCUCCUAGCUCCCCAAGGGCAGUCAUUUCACCUGAUGGAGAAUGUUCCAUGGAUGACCUUUCCUUUUACGUGAACCGCCUCUCUUCUCUGGUUAUCCAGAUGGCACGGAAGGAAAUCAAAGAAAAAUUGGAAGGUGGAAGCAAAUGCCUUCACCAUUCAAUCUAUCCGCCCUCUGGGGAAAAGGGGAAAAAUAGCCCCCGUACUGCUGUGAGUAAGAUUGCUUCUGAAAUGGUCCAUGAUGCUGUAGAGGUAACCUCUGCAGAAAUGCGAGGCAAUGGUGAGGAGUGUAGAGAUAGUGGCCGAAAGACCUUUCUGUAUAGUGAACUGUCCAACAAGAACAAGGGUGGUGAAAAACAGAUGUGCCAAAAAGAUAGUAAGGAAUUUGCAGAUUCCAUAAGCAAAGGGCUUAUGGUUUAUGCAAAUCAGGUGGCAUCUGACAUGAUGGUCUCUGUUAUGAAGACCUUGAAAGUCCAUAGUUCUGGGAAACCAAUUCCAGCCUGUGUGGUCCUGAAGAGGGUGCUGUUAAAACAUACCAAGGACAUUGUGUCUGAUUUGAUUGAUUCUUGCAUGAAGAACUUGCAUAAUAUCACUGGUGUCCUGAUGACCGACUCAGAUUUUGUGUCAGCUGUCAAGAGGAAUCUGUUCAAUCAUGGGAAACAAAAUGCCGCAGGGAUCAUGGAAGCGAUGCUGAAACGUCUGGUCUGUGCUCUUCUUGGAGAGAGGAGGGAAACGAAAUCACAGAGUUUGUCGUAUGCAUCACUGAAAACUGGCUCCCAUGAUCCCAAGUGCAAGAACCAAAGUCUUGAAAUUUCAGCCAUGAAGGCUGAAAUGAAAGGGAAGGACAAAGGCAAAACAAAACCAGAUCAAUGCAAAUCAUUAACUAGUGCUGAGCGGGUCGGUGAACACAUCCUCAAGGAAAGCCUGACAAUGUGGAAUCAAAAGCAAGGGAACUCUAGCAAGGCUGCUGGUAAAGCAUGCACCAAUAAAGAAGAAAAAAGAGAAAAAAUCAACUCUUCCACCGAUUCUCUGGCAAAAGAUUUGAUUGUCUCCGCCCUUAUGCUGAUCCAGUACCAUCUGACACAACAGGCCAAAGGCAAAGAUGCAUGUGAAGAAGAAUGCUCUAGCUCUUCCAUGAGCUAUAUGUCUCAAGGCGCCCAAUAUGAAAAGUCUGGAAAUGGCCAAAAUGCCAAGACUCUUUCAACGAAACAUCUAGAAUCUCGUGGAACUCCUGGACCAUCUACCUCUACCAAGGAUACACAACAGAUUGACUCCCAGAAGCUGGAUAUGCCAAACAUCGUUCUAACACUGAUUCAGAAACUGCUCAGCGAGAGCCCCUUCGGCAGCGAUGAGAUAUGUGAAGGUGAAAACAAACGUUCUGAGACCAAAGCAAACAAAGCAACUUCCAUGACCAAGAGGCCCGAAAAAAUGGAAGAACAGUGCCAGGACAAUCAAGAAAUGGAUUUUAUCACUGGGAUGAAGCAAGUGAAUCGACAAUUUGUAGAUCAACUCGUAGAAUCUGUGAUGAAACUGUGCCUUAUCAUGGCUAAGUACAGCAGUAACGGGGCAGCCCUUGCCGAGCUAGAAGAACAAGCUUUGGGAAACACCAAUUUCCAAGCCAGUAGUAGCUCUAAAUGCAAUAACGAGGGUGCAGUGUCACAGAAUUCUCCAGAUUCUCCUGGACUAGAAGUUAUUGUCAAUAAUCAGUGCUCAACCAGUAACUUGCAGAAGCAGCUCCAGGCUGUCCUUCAGUGGAUUGCGGCCUCCCAGUUUAACGUGCCCAUGCUCUACUUCAUGGGAGACGAUGACGGACAACUGGAGAAGCUUCCGGAGGUUUCAGCUAAGGCAGCGGAGAAGGGAUACAGUGUAGGAGAUCUCCUUCAAGAAGUCAUGAAGUUUGCCAAGGAACGCCAGCUGGAUGAAGCUGUGGGAAACAUGGCGAGGAAGCAACUGUUAGACUGGCUGCUCACUAACCUGUGA